AUGGUUAUCCCCGGUUGCUUUGAAAGACCUCACGACCUCAUGGCUGAAUAUACGGCAUCGUGCUUCUUUCCACGGUCCCCCGCCGAUCAUAAGCUUGCAUAUACCAAGAUCCUGCGCUAUCCAGUGUUCCGCCUGAGAUCGUCCAGAGGAGUGGCGCCUUUGACAGCUUAUAUCCAACUCGCAUGGACAAUUCUCAUCGGUAAACUCACGGAUGCCACAGAUGUUGAGUUUGGACUCACUCUAUGGGGAUCCAAUGGCGGUUCACAGAACGUUUCCUUUCGCUUUCACAUCAGUGAAGAUGAGAAAGUCGAACAGGCUUUAGCUUCGAUACAGGCUGCCACCUUCGGCUCUUCUGAAAAUGCCCUUAGUGACUUCCAUUUCCACUUGAAUAUUGAGGAGGAAUGGAACGAUGAAAUCGAGCUGUGCUAUCCACCACCAUCAGGGGUAUGUUCCCUGGUUGUGACAUGCUGCAUUCAUGGUGGAUCAUCGGCGAAGGACAUGCCAGAUUUACAAUUCAUUGUGCACUAUGACACUAGGAUCAUGGAAACAGUCGAGGUGCUGCGCAUGCUACACCAGUUCAAGCAUAUAUUAUAUCAGCUACUGGAAGCGCUGCAGACCAGAUUACGGGAACUGGAUCUCGUUAGCCCUGAGGAUUGGCUGACGCUGAGGGACUGGAACGCAAGAUUACCCAGGGCAAGCAAAGUCACCUUGCACGAGCUGGCACUUUAUCAUGGGGGCUCCCAGCCCGCCAUCGCCGCCUGGGAUGGCAGCAUGACUUACCACCAGUUGAACCGAGCAUCCCUCGGCGUGGCUCAGCAUCUCCUACACUGUGGGGUUUGUCCAGGAAUGUUCAUCCCCUUCUGCUUGGAGAAGUCCAAGUGGUCCGUGUUGACCAUUCUGGCCAUCCUUCGUGUUGGGGGCAUCUGGGUACCUAUCGAUCCCAACACCCCGAUCGGCCGCGCUCGCGAGAUGAUCGAGGGCAUGGGAGCUCAAUUCGUGGUAGCCUCAGCCGCUCAACGUCACAAGAUGGAGCAGCUGGGCCCGCGUUUACUGGUGGUGUCCGACAGCAUGGCUUCCACGGAUGCCGCCAAUUGCAUUCCUCUUCCUGAGGUGCAUCCAGAAGACCUAGCCAUGGUGCUGUUUACUUCUGGGACAACCGGUCGUCCAAAGGGCAUGCAAGUCCAUCACGAAAAUAUCGCGACAGCCGCAUUGGCCAUCCUUGACAUGUUGAAUAUCGAUUCCACUACCCGUGCACUACAUUUUGCCUCAUACAGCUUUGAUCUGGCUAUGUACGAGAUGAUCUGUACGCUCCACCGCGGUGCCUGUCUCUGCAUUCCUUCUGAAUCCGAACGACUCGAUGACGUGACAGGUUUCAUGCGGGAGCAGAAGAUCAGUUGGGCCGCGUUCACUCCAUCCUCUUUCUCUCUUCUUCGCCCAGGUGACCUCCCAGACUUGCGCACAGUGGCUCUUGCUGGUGAAGCUAUUCCACCAAGCCUUGUACAGGCAUGGACACCGCACGUGCAGUUGGUCAAUGUGUAUGGACCAACAGAGUCUUCCGUUUGCAGUGCCGGACCAAUUCCUCAGCAUGGGUGGCGCGCAGGCACCAUUGGGCCUAUGCUGGGAGGAAUAGGAUGGAUUACAGAUCCGACAGACACCGAAAAAUUAGUCCCAAUAGGUGCUAUUGGGGAGUUGCUAGUCGAAGGCCCUGGAAUAACAGGAGGUUAUCUUAACAGACCAUCCUCUCGCUCUGCAGAGGUCUUCAUUGAUGCUCCCUCUUGGCUCCGUCGCUUCCGUUUGUCCCCCGGUUCUGCCCAGGUCCCAGGACGUCUUUAUCGCACGGGCGACUUGGUCCGAUAUACGAGCCUUGGAUGGAUCCAAUUUGUUGGGCGGCAGGACACACAGAUCAAGAUCCGAGGACAGCGAGUAGAACUAGGGGAGGUGGAACACCGCGUCCAAGAGGCGUUCCCCAGCGCUCCCCGCGCCGUGGUCGAAUCUGUAAGCCCGUCUGCGGGUCGUCCGGCACCGAUCCUCGUGGCGUUCAUUCCCAUACAGCAGGAUGAUACACCGUUGGAGGCAGAGUCCACUCUACUCUGCGAGCAUAGUAGCGAGUUCGAAGCGCAAGUAAUUACAGCAUCAACAAGAUUGCAAGAGUCUCUGCCUAUAUACAUGAUCCCAUCCUUGUUUGUGCCAGUCAGAUACCUUCCUCGGACCAUCACGGCGAAAACGGACCGCGCUCAGUUGCGGCAAUUGGUGAUUAAUCGCCCAUGGCGUGAACUACAAAGAUAUCGACCCGCACCGCGGUGUCCAUGUAACAGACAGGCUGCAUCCUCCAUUACAGAAAGUAAAGAGUUGCGGAUCCUAGUGUCGCUGGUAGCAGACGUACUGACGUGCGACAUCGAGGACAUCCGGACAGAGGACAGUUUCCUAUCACUAGGUGGCGAUUCGCUAUCCGCCAUGGAACUAGUGGGAUUGGCACGAAAGGCUGGUCUAACUCUGUCGGUUUUGAGCGUCCUUCAGACUCGAUCACUUCAGGAGCUACCCAACUCUUCCGCAGCGCUUCAGCAAUCUCUGACCGACGGUCUCACCGGACAGGCCUUCUCGCAACUUCGAGUUGACGACCCCAAGACAUUCCUUGCGCAUCUAGUCUCACGGCUGUCUCCACAGACCGUCGAAAUUGAAGACAUCGAGGAUGUUCUCCCGGCAACGCCACGCCAGGAGUACUUGUCCGACUUCCCCUGUGAGUAUCUGCUGCUCCGGCUACAAGGAUCUAUAAAUCACGCCCGGCUCCAGCAAUCGUGCAAGCGUCUAGUGCAUUACCACCCCAUCCUACGUACAGUCUUUAUCCGAUCAGGGGACAUAAUGCACCAGGUAGUGCUACGGCAUCCGGCCGUGGCAUUGCACGUCCAAUCUCCCAAAACGGAUACGAAGGAAGAUGUUAAUACCAGCGCCCUGCAAUGGUGCCAAGCAGAUUCACUGCUCCCCGUCGACCCUUCGAAGCUCUCAGUGCACUUGGUCUUGGUUCAAGGAACCACCCAAGAUGACAACGUUUUGGUGCUGCGUUACAGCCGGUCACUCUUCGACCCUGAAACCAUUCCCAUAGUAUACCGUGGGUUACAACAACUAUACGAAGGCCACAGCCCGCCACCAGCCGUCUCGUUCCCCGCUUUCAUGUACCAUGCCCUGAGCCAGGACCUGACAGCCGAGUUUUCAUUCUGGCGACAUGUACUCCAGAACGCCGAAAUGACCCAGCUCCCACCAUCGACUAAUCCAGAUCCCAAUCCACAAAUCCUCUUGGCGCCCUUACCGUUGCCGACAAUCAGGCCCCCAGCAGGCAUUACAGCAGCGACAGUCGUCAAGGCAGCAUGGGCACUCGUACUAGCCGAGCAGACAGGAUUGCAUGAAAUCGUCUUCACACAGGUAGUCAGCGGCCGAUCGAUGCCCAUCACGGACAUCCAGAACGUAGUGGGUCCCUGCAACAGGAUCCUGCCGGUUCGCGUCUCCAUUGAUGACUCGAGAGACGGUCUGCUGCAACAGAUUCACACCCAGCAUAUUGACAGCCUGCCUUUCCAGGGAGUAUACCUGCGCGACAUCAUUCAGCACUGCACCUCGUGGCCAGCCGAUACCACGAUGGGGUCUAUCGUCCUGCACCAGAAUAUAGAGUACCCGAAGUCUUUUGCUAUGGGGGAUCUCCAAUGCACGCCGUCAUACUUCAAUGCACCGCCCCGCCAUAUGCCGGUCACGGUCGUUUCUAUGCCCCAGGAAACAGGUCAUCUGAUUUUCCUUACUUGCUCCAGCGAUUGUGCAACCCAGGUCUAUCUGGAUGCGCUGCGCGACUCCAUGGGGCGCCAUAUCGCUGCUCUGCUGAAGCCGGUGGAUCUUUGA